AUGGCGAAUGCAGGUCGGCAGCUGUGCGUGCUAGGCUUGCUCCUCUGCGGAGUGGCGAGUUUUAAGCUGUCUGCACCCUCCAGCGGCACCACAGAGAAACCCAUUAUUGGAAUAUUAAUGCAAAGGUGCCGUAGUAAGAUGAAGAACCUUGGAAAAUACUAUAUUGCUGCAUCCUAUGUAAAAUAUUUGGAGUCUGCAGGUGCGAGAGUUAUACCAGUAAGGCUUAAUCUUACAGGUGAAGAAUAUGAAAAGCUUUUCAAAUCUAUCAAUGGGAUCCUUUUCCCUGGAGGAAGUGUUAACCUAAGAACCUCGGAUUAUGCCAAAGUGGCCAAAAUAUUUUAUAACUUUGCCCUAAAGAGUUUUGAUGAUGGAGACUAUUUCCCAGUGUGGGGCACAUGCCUUGGAUUUGAAGAGCUCUCAUUCCUGGUGAGCGGAAAGAACUUACUAACUAAGACAGAAACUGAGAAUAAGUCACUGCCACUGAACUUCACUGGAGCUACAUUGCAGGGUAGAAUGUUCCAGAAUUUUCCUGCUGACUUGUUGUUGUCAUUAUCUACUGAACCUCUGACUGCAAAUUUCCAUAAGUGGAGCCUCUCUAUAAAGAAUUUUACAGCAAAUGAAAGGUUGAAGACAUUUUUCAAUGUGAUAACUACAAAUACAGUUGACAAGAUUGAAUUUGUUUCUUCAAUGGAAGGAUAUAAGUAUCCAAUAUAUGGUGUCCAGUGGCAUCCAGAGAAAUCACCUUAUGAGUGGGAAAAUGACUACAUUUCCCAUUCAUCUAACGCUGUGAAGACUGCGUUUUAUUUAGCAGACUUCUUUGUCUCUGAAGCUCGGAAAAACAGUCAUCACUUUGAAUCUGAAGAUGAAGAGAGGGAGGCCCUGAUUUAUCAGUUUCAUCCAGUUUUUACUGGAAGUUUAUCUUCAUUCCAGCAAUGUUAUAUCUUUGAUUGA